CGUGUGGAACCAGAAAAACUGGGGCGUCAUUAAUCAAAACGGACGCAGUCUCCACUAUAAAUACUUCCAGUUGCUGUCAUUCGGUCAAGAGGCUCUUUGAUUUCAUACCCAAAACCCAAAAAAUAAAAAAUAAAAAAAUGGCCUUCUUCCUUUCUUCCAUUGCUCUCGGUUUUUCUUUUGUUGAUUGUUCCAUAUCUGCCAUUUUCUUUCGUAGAUUCUUCGAUCUCUGCUACGGAUAUGGCGAGUGCUGCCCGUCCUCGGCAUCCGACACUGUCCAAAAUCCCCGGACCGUCUCUGUUUGUUGGAGAUCUGGACCCCAGCGUAACGGAACGUCAGCUUUUCAAUCUCUUCAGCCGGUGCGGUCCCAUACAAUCCUUCAGGGUCUGCAGGGACGAGACCAGGCGUUCCUCCCUCGAAUGCGCCUACGUCACUUACAGUAACGCCCAAGAAGCUAGUCGUGCCUUGGAGGUUCUAAGUUUUACUCCUAUCAGUGGAAAACCAAUCACGAUCAUGUUCUCACAUCAGGAUCCUGGCAUCCGGAAAAGUGGAUAUGCUAAUGUACGGAAAAGUGGAUAUGCUAAUGUAUUUAUCAAGAACCUCGACACUACAACAGAUGAGGCAGGAUUGUAUGAGAUUUUUUCUACCUUUGGUCUUGUCCUUUCUAUCAAGGUGGCCACUGAUAACAGUGGUCAGUCUAAGGGAUAUGGGUUUGUACAGUUUUCUAUGGAGGAAGAUGCACAGAAUGCCAUUAAACAACUUAAUGGCAUGCUGAUAAAUAAUAAACAAGUCUAUGUUGGCCCUUUUGUUCGUCGUGAAGAGCGAAAUCAAACAGAUGGAACACCAAAGUUCACUAAUGUAUAUGUACAAAAUUUGUCUGAAACAACUACCGACGAGGACCUUAGGAAAGUUUUUAGUAUUUAUGGUCUGAUUACUAGUGCAGCUAUUAUGAGGGAUUCAAAUGGGAAAAAUAGAGGCUUUGGCUUUGUCAAUUUUCAGAAUCCUGACGAUGCUGCUGCCGCAGUUGAGAGUACUUCCCAUGGUGAGAAAAAUUGGUAUGUUGGAAUGGCUCAGAAGAAAGCUGAAAGAGAGGCGGAAUUGAAAGCCAAAUAUGAGAGGGACAGAAUGGAAGAACUGCGAGGGGCUAAUUUAUAUGUGAAAAAUCUCGAUCAUAAUAUCAAUGACGAAAAACUCAAGGAGUUGUUUUCUGAAUUUGGCACUGUAACAUCCUGCAAGGUCAAGCUGGAUUCACAUGGACAGAGUAGGGGUUUUGGUUUUGUGGCACUUUCAACCCCCGAAGAAGCUAACAGAGCUAUAAAUGAAAUGAGCGGGAAAAUGAUAGGAAGGAAACCUCUGUAUGUGGCUGUCUUUCAGCGGAAGGAUGAAAGAAAGGCAAGGCUGGAGUUAAUUCAAUGCAAUGCUCAUAACGGGGUUGAACCUUCAAUUGCACCUCAGGGUCCCAUGACGCCUUCGCUAUGUGAUGUUUUUGGUUUGCCAUUUCUUCCCAUUGAUGCAGCCCGAUCUCAGCCUGUAGCAAUUACAAAACUUGCCUCUGCUUUAGCUUCGGCAAGUCCCGAGCAGCAAAGGCUGAUGCUAGGUGAACAAUUGUUCUUACUUGUUGAUCGCCUGGAGCAAGAUUCUGCAGCAAAAGUUACUUGGAUGCUGCUUAAGAUGGACCAGUCAGAGCUAAUCCACCUCAUAGAGUCCCCAGAUGCUCUGAAGAGGAGAGUUGCUCAAGCUAUGGAAAUCUUCCAGUUUGCACUAGUUACUGGCACCAAUCUUGCUGAAGCUAUGAAAGUUUUCCAGUUUCCACAAGUUACAGGUUCUGAUGUUGCUGAUCAGCUUGGCUCAUUAUCAUUAUCGCUGGAUGACUGAGUUCAAUCUAUGGAUUUUUCCAUAUUGCUGCCUGACUUUUGGGCCAUUGAUUGAAAAACUCAAUACUUCAAAACUAUUUCCAUAAAACUGUCCGACUUUUGGGCCAUGUAAAAACCACCUACUUUUGGUCAAUGGAUUAUGGAUCGGACACUUCAUACUUUAAAACUAUUUUCAUAAAACAGGUUGCCUUUUUCA